CGGAGCGACUAGGAAGGGCUUGCUCUUUCAUUGCCACCCUGUUAUGGAGUUAGUGUGAAGAAAGGGGAAGGCUAGCUUUUUGUUUCAGACAGGCUAGCAACAACCUUUAACUAUCUUACUUUUUUUUCUAACCCAAACAAGUAAGCGUAGUUUUUACAUACAUAAUCAUCCAAAUGAAUAUCAUUCCGCAACGGGCUGCGUUCAACCUUACUACCGGAGCCAUCAGCGUUAUGCUUCCUCAAAAUGGAGUCGUGGAAGGACGGCUGCACUACGUCUCAGGAGAGUCGUCCCCUCAAAUUGCAACGGACUCUGCUAUGGACUCUCACAACGCGAAUGUGGGGUCCUCCGACACCCCGAAACGGCCUACGAUCCUGGGAGUGAAGGCAGCACAAAAGUAUCCGACAAAAAGCCUUCGAGAGGACAGCGACGACGUCGACGAAGGCUCUUUGCCGUGUACGCCGGAGUUGCAGUCGGACAGUGAAAUGGAUGUCCACAGUUGUUCGGCGGGGGAUGAAGCGUUGGAGACCGACACAAGGCAACUCAUUACCCGCUUUCUGGCACAAUUUACUGGACUUGUGAAACCUCAGUGGAAUCAAGGCAAGAGAUUAUCAACAAUGACAAGAGUUGUGGAUAGCGUCUUGGCAAAACACAGAUACGCGUACAAUGGUAUGAUCAACAGGCUGUCAGCGAGUGACCAAGGGGGCGAUGUGAGUUUUGUCAGCGAGGUGGCCACAAGCCUGUUUGCAGAUGGACACACCAACUGGGGUCGCAUCGCCAGCCUGGUAGCCUUCGGGGCGGUGGUGUCCCAGUACCUGAAGGACAAGGGCAACCAGAACUGUGUGGAGCUGGUGGGACAGGAAAUUUCCACAUACCUGCUCUCUGCCCAGCGAGACUGGCUGAUCAAAAACAACGCCUGGGAUGGCUUUGUCGAGUUCUUUCGGGUAGCAGACCCAGAGUCCACUGUGAGGAACGCACUCAUGGCCUUUGCUGGAGUUGCUGGGAUCGGGGCGACGCUGGCCCUGUUGAUCAGGUGAAUUUCUCGGACACCCAGAGCGUUGUUUUCAGCAAGCUGUCAGACUUUGACUUGACAUCGGACUUGAAAGGCUUCACAGCUGAAUUGAGGAUAACAUCAGUGGUUUCUGUGCUCUUUUCCUGGGCUCUCGUCCACCUCUGACCACAAAAUAAGAGAAAUCUUUUUUUUUUUUUUGACUGUUGACGAACAUGGACAGAUUUCACUUCACAACAGUCAUCUGUCAAACAAGUUUUAUUUAAUUUACAAAGAAAUUUAUUUUUCUAAUAAAUGUAAAAUGUAUAUCUAUGCAAAUUAAAGUAGUUUUGGGUUGUCAGUUGACCUGAUUUCUUUUUUCUUUUUUUUUGGUAGCUUGGUAAUGGCUCUGUUUAAUAAUUAUAUUGCAAUUCCCUGGUGGUUAUGGUAUUUGUACGCAAGCCUGAGGUCAAAGCAGGGAGGGAAAACUGCAUUUUGCCAUUUCCAUAGAGCCCAUUCAUAACACCGCCGGAUCUUUUGUGUGGACAUCCCAUCCAUAUGAGAGGAGGAGGGGGGAGGAUUUGCAUGAGUGUGGCUCUACUUCCGUGAUAAGAAAAUGUUGGAUCUGCACUUGGAGACGAGAGCAACCUCAUGCGGGACAUUUAGCUGUACGGCAGCCUGGAAAGUGUGAGUCUGUUGGAAGAAUUGACCAAGGACUCUGACUGUGCAGUUAGUGUUGAUUGACUGCUGCACCAAAGCUGGCCAUAGCUGGAACAUGAUGUUGGUCCUCUGUGAGAAGAACGCAGACUGAUUAAUAGACCAGACCCAGUUGUAAGCUUUGAAAUAAUAAAAAGAAGACACACAAUUCA